AAGUUAAGAUUGAGUGUACUCAAGCUGAAAUCACUGCUGGCUUGUGAGAAUAUGCAGCUGCUCUUUCUGGGGACACUUGCCCUGUUUGCUGGGCUCUCGGUUGCGGUGCCAGCACAGGAGAAGCGUAUACAUCAUAAGCUAGACCUCAGUGACCAUCCUCACGAUGAUGCCCACGGUUUCCAGUUUGACCACGAGGCCUUCCUGGGGAAAGAGGAAUCCAAGACCUUUGACCAGCUGAGCCCUGAGGAGAGCAAAGACAGAUUAGGAAAGAUUGUGGAUAAGAUUGACACAGAUAAGGAUGGCUUCGUCAGUCAUGCUGAGUUACACCACUGGAUCAAGCACAGGCAGAGGAGGUACAUCGAGGAGAACGUGGACAAGCACUGGAAUGAGUACGACCAGAAUAAGGAUGGGAAGAUCGGAUGGAUUGAGUACAAGAACACCACCUAUGGAUAUUAUAUAGACACAGAGUUUGAUGAUGUGGAUGAUAAAGCCACCUACAAAUCCAUGCUUAAUAGAGAUGAGAGGCGGUUUAAGUCUGCAGACAGGGAUGGGGAUGGUGUCGCCACCAGAGAAGAGUUCACUGCCUUCCUCCAUCCAGAAGAGUUUGACUUUAUGAGAGACAUUGUGAUUCAGGAAACAAUUGAAGACAUUGACAAGAAUGGGGACGGCAAGAUUGAUCUGCAGGAAUACAUUGGGGACAUGUACAAUCCUGAAGAUGGAGAGACUGAACCAGACUGGGUCACAACAGAAAAGAAACAAUUUUCAGAGUUCAGAGACAUGAACAAGGAUGGUUUCCUUGAUGCCACUGAAGUAUCGCACUGGAUCCUCCCGACAGAAGUUGACCAUGCUGAUAAUGAAGCCCGGCAUCUCAUUCAUGAAACCGAUAAAGACAACGAUGACAAAAUCACAAAGAAGGAGAUUCUGGAAAACUGGAACAUGUUUGUUGGGAGCCAAGCGACUAAUUACGGAGAGGAUCUCACCAAAAGACACGAUGAGCUUUAAUGUUGGCAUAUCUGGGUAGAGGGGAGGACAGUAUAUUUUGGGCGUAGGUCAGAGGAUAGAAAAUUGAAUAAGAAAAUGACAGACAAUCUUCGUUACCUGCUGUUUUGAAACAUUUCCAGGGUCCUCAGUCAAGGGUUAGACUUUUCGGUCAAUGAAGAUAAGAAUCUAACUGAGACAGAUACAAGUUUUAUUUAUUGUCAUUUAGAUAAAAAGGUGAUUACACAUGGGACCUUUUGAGCAAUGCUUCUGAGCAACAUUGAAGAUUACUUUUCUAUUGAAAAUGGGAAACAAAACAAUAUCUGAAAUGGAUUCUGUUGCUGGGUCUCACCUGGUUUCCCAUUGGUGGCAUCAUUAUCCGUACCAUUGCUUUAAAACUUGUCCUUUGUAUCAUGACAUAAACACUCGCAUUCCUUAUAAAAAGACACUCCAGCUUGCUUAUACUGCUUGAGCAAACAAUAUUACGUCUUCCACUUCUCAGGAAUUCAGCACUGAAUACAGGUCCAGCUUCGUUUGUAUUCAAUUAGGGAGAUUUUGACUGUUACAAAA